UCGCCAACUCAUCAAUGGCAAUUUCCCAUAUUCCCAGAUCAUUCAUAUGCACACGGGGGGGCAUUCCGUGGUCUCCCACUAUUUGCACAGGAGGACAUCCACUCACAACCCCAAUCGCCUACUCUUCUGCAAGUUCAGAUCCCCCAGUACGUUCAACCGCAGGAAUUGCACACGUCGCUUUUCCCCACGGAGCCCCAAAACCCAACACAAAGUGAGAAUCGCUAUCUGGAGCGGUCCAACUUUGCAUCUCUCGAUCGCCAACACAAACCGCGACGCUUGUCUCUUGCUCUGUCUGACAUGAACAACGAAACAUACCGACCGCGGAAUACACGACCGAGGCGGCAGAGCGCAGCAACAACCCGCACCACUCCUCGGUCGGACAAACACGCAAGAGAUUUGGAGCUCAAUCGCAGGGCGGCUACCAAAUGCCGUAACAAGCAAAAGAUCUUUGUGGAAAACCUCCAGAAGAGAUGUCGUACGGAGGAGGAAAGAUUGCAUGAACAGAAAACACUUGUGCAUGCUUUGCUCAAUGAGGUUAUCGACCUCAAGAAUGAGGUGAUGAGACAUAGCCUCUGUGGAUGCCAAUCGUUACGCACCGCUAUUCUGCCACCCACUGCCUGA